AAUAUUUCCUUAUAACUGCUCCAUCAUUUCCACCAUGUAUUUGGGAUCAAAAUGACAAAUUGACAACCAGAAUAGGCUUCUGAUAGAGGGCAAUGAGUUCAUGUUUAUCAUCUUUUAGGGAUUAUAAAUGGGUGCAUGAAUUAACAAUGAUAACCUGAAUUUCAUACAUUUUGGGUCGGCUACAUAAAUUGAUAAUAGAAAUGUAGCAAAGAGUGGGGUCUGAGUGCUAUGUUGGGCUACAUGAAUCCAUAAUAGAAAUAUUCGACAUGCAUAGUUAUUCCCCAAGCCCAUCUAUUUUAGUUUUUAUUGGCAGUGCUAAUCAGUCUUAAAAAAUUUAUUCUGAUAAAAAGCAUCAACUCGUUUAGUCCAACUACUUAACAAACUUUGGAACACUGCAAGAGCCUUCUUCAAUAAAAUGGAUAUAUUAAGUAAAUAAUUUAUAUUAUUACUUAUAUUACUAGGAAGUUAGUUGGGUAUAGCAAGUCAUGUUGAAUUCUCUUGGUCUUUUUUAAAAACCUUGACCAGGAUUUUCAUUGCAUGAUUUUGAGAUUAAUUAAUAGAUGUAAAUGAGAAACAAAGGAAGAAAACCCCAUGAGCAUUGAAUUGACAAACAAUGUGAAGUUGGGAAGCCAUCAUCUGUGUAACAUCCCUUGUAGGCACCAUAUGAGGAAGACUCAUUUGCCAGGCUGCUUAUAUUUUGAUUACUGCUUAUUGUUCAGCACAUGUGAAAUCAAGUUGCUAAUUUUUAAAUUGCUACUUUUUUAAUCAAACUUGUUGAUGUUAAAUUUUAUUUUCGUUUCAAUAAUCUGGACUCACGUAUGCAUGUUGACGCACUUGCCUUGUCAACUUAUUUUUUUAUAAUGAGAGGACUUCACCAUUUCUGUUUUUAAUUUUCUUCAAUGCAUACUAACUACUUGCAACAACCAAUGAAGGGGUCCACAUAUUAAGAGAAUUGAGGAGCUUCUAUUCUCAUUUUUGACUCAUUAUUGUAUUUUGGUUACAAACUACCGCAUAGAAUUGGUCCAUGUUUUUUGCAAACAACCCUUGAUAUCCUUAUUUUUUUUCUCUUCAAACAUGGUAGGUGUGAAAUUCCCAAGCAAGUCUUAUACUCUUUUGUUUGUCCAAAUAUGGUAAAUCUGUGUUGGUGCUCAGACGGUAAGCUAAUUAUUACUUUAAUUCUUAGGUUGAGGAGAAACAUCUUUCCAUGCACUUUAGUGAGAGAUCAUGCGAUCAUUAUUUAUAAAUUAGCUGUUGACUUUGAAGGUUUCACAGCCCUGUUACAGUGUGAUCAGCUGACUUUUCCUGGGGCUGAAUGCCUAUAAGAUGGUCAUUGAUUUAAGGUUGAUAGUAUAUCAAUACAAGCAUUGACUUCUAAGCCUGUGCUACCUUUCCAUUAUUCUUCUUUCUUUCUUCUGUGAUGGCUUCAUCUAAUGAUCCCUCUCAACAGAAGAAUACUGUAGAAAUCUUGAACAUUGAACAAAUCUUUGAAACCAUAUCUAAGUUGCAUGCAAGUCUCAGGACCUCUUUCCAUCAGGCCAACGGCAAUAUCAAUGGUAGUGGCAUCAGCAAUGGCAACACCAACGGCACUACCGGCAAACCAGAGGUUCUUGAAAAUGAUCCAUUGGAGAAAUUGCGAAAUGAUCUCAACUACAUGCAAUACGCCUUCAAGAAUCUCAGAGAAUAUGAGAAAGAUGUCAGUAGACCUAUCUUGACGCUGAGACGUAAUCUGGAAAGCAUUAUUGGAACUGAUGGCAGUGAGCAGCAAAAGAUUAACAGAAUCAGCAAAGACAUUGGAAACUUGAAUAGCCAGAUUCCACCUACUCGCAAAUUUAGUUCUACAAGGGCUGGUGCUCAUCAGGACUUGUUGAUGGGCCAUGGAUUUGGAGCUCACAAAGUGCCUAAUCUACACUUCAAUGAUGCCUUCCUCACCAGCAUCCAUUACGAAGAGUUGCAAAGAUCUUUUAAGACACUGAAGGAUGACAGGCAAUUGUGCUUGUUGUGUUUAGCUGUCUUCCCUGAAAACACGGUGGUGAAGAGGAGAUUGCUGACGUAUUGGUGGGCCGGAGAGCGGUUAUUGGAUCCUUCAGCCAACGUAGACAAGACCCUGGAAGAAAUGGCCAAUGACGUUCUUGAGGAGCUAGAGGCAAAAGGGUUUAUUGAGCCUGUUAACAAGAAGCGAGAGCUAAAAACAAACAGCUUUAAGAUGCAGCCUGUAGCGCGCUCGGCGGUGAUCGAGCUUGCCAAAAAACAUAAGUUCUUUAACUAUGAUUCUGAUGGGAAUCCAACUGCAGAUUCCUCAAUAUGUAAUAGGGCAUGCUGGCUAAAAGUUGAAGGAGAAUCUUCUGGCAAGGCAUUAGUCAAUAGCUCCAACAUGGAUCAGGAGGCUUCAAAGAAUAUAUGGAAGGAUGGAUGUAUCAAGCAUCCUGAAGAACUGGAGACAUUAUUCAAUGUUAGUGAGCCAUUUCCUGAUAUACCAUUGGAAGAAUUCUCAAAAAUGCGGAAGCUCAAUGUUCUCUGCCUUGGGAGGUGGCAGAAAUCAGAUACCCAGAAGUCGGCAGAGCAUCAUAUUGAAGUUGAGAGCACUGAGUUCUUGAAAGGGUUGAACAAUAUGAGUUCCUUACGGUUUCUGAGUCUUCAAGGAAUCUCUAGAAUUGACAAAUUCCCAAGCUCCGGUAACAAGUUCACCAAAUGGACUACCACUACCAAAUUGGCUUCCAAUUUGAUGAUUCUAGAUCUCAAGAACUCUCACAAUCUAGAAGUACUUCCAGAUUGGCUGAAGUCCCUAACGAAUCUCACUCACUUGGAUAUAUCUGAGUGUUUUUUGCUAAAUAGCAUGCCCAAGGAGCUGUCUUCCCUCUCAAAACUCCAAGUUCUUAAAGGGUUUGUGAUAAGUGAUGACAAAAAGGAAAGCCCAUGUAAUCUAGCUGAUUUGGCAAAACUCAAGAAGCUUAGGAAACUCAGCAUCAACAUAAACAAGGUAGACUUUGCAAUAGAAGAAGGGUUAGCUGCUCUCAAAGAUCUUCAAGGGUUGAAGUCUCUGUCAAUAGCAUGGGGAGGAGACAAUAUCUCUAAGAUAAGGGAAGGCGCCCCAAAUCCAGGGACCAAAGACGAAAGAAAAAAGAAAGGGAGUGGUGAUACGAAGAAGAAGACAGCAAAUUCAGAGUUGAGUGAUAAAACACAGGUGCAUAUUAAAGACACUAACAAACAUAAGGCCAGAAGUUCAGAGAUUAUAGGUGAUAAGGAGCAACAAAACAUUGAUGCAGAACAGAAUGCUGGGAAUCCAAAGAUUGCAGAAAAGAAGAUGGAGCAAACAGGAAGUGUUGCAAAACCCAUUGCCAUGAAUGCAGAAAAGAAGACGGAGCAGACUGGCAGUGCUGCAAAACCCAUUGCCACGAAUGCAGAUACCAUAGACAUCAAAAGUCAGGAUGCAAGUGGUGAUGUAAGGAAGAAGGUAAGGUUUUCAGAGACGAGAGAGGAUAAAAAACAGGCAGAUGAUAAGGAGAAAGAAAAAAUUGUUCCUGCAGAACAGAAUCCAAAGGUUAGAGACAAAAAGCUGGAGCAAGGUAAAAAUGCAGCUAUAUCAAAGGCAGCCAAACAAGGAAUUCAUCCAGCUCAACUAGUAAGAUCAAUCUCAUUCCUCCCGCGCUCGCCUCAAAAUGCACCAGAGUACGAUAUUGUACUUCCUCCAAACCUAGAGAAACUAGACCUUCGUUGUUUCCCUGACAAAGCAAAACCCAGUUGGCUUGCACCUGAGAAUCUAAAAAAGCUGAACAAACUCUGCAUCAGAGGAGGAAGCCUUACAAAUCUAGGUGAAGUUCAGGAAAAUAAAGUCCAUAAUUGGAAGAUCAAUAUUUUAUAUUUGAAGUAUCUGGAAGAAAUGAAGAUAAACUGGACUACAUUGCAAGCAUUGUUUCCAGAUUUGGAGUACUUUGAGAAAGUCAAAUGCCCAAAGAUCAGUCUCUGCCCUUGCGACGGGAUAGGAGUGUGGCUGAAAUCUGAACAAUGACACUAUGCAGAUAAGUAAAAUCAGGCAUAAGAACAUGUUAAUGUAAGAGGCUAAUUCAGCAUUUCAUGUAUGAUGAUUUAUUGAUUUUCUUCUAUCUAUGAAUGCUUAAUGAGAAAUGCGGCCUAAAACACUGCAUUUCUCAACUUGCGUUA